AUGAUGUUCGUCGUUAAAAAAUCGACUCCGACAACAAUGAAGAGUAGAGAAAAGAAAGAUAGUACAAUUCAUGGAAUAUUAGAAGUCGAUUUGGAAGAAAUAAAUUUCGACGAAGAAUAUGACGUCAUAAAAACAUUAGGAGAAGGUUAUUUUGCUAAAAUAAGUCUCGUCAGACAUAAGAGAACAAACACAACCGUCGUACUCAAACAAAUUCAUAAAGAAUUGACGACGUCGAAAGACUUUUUUAGAGAAUAUCAUUAUAAUUAUCAUUUAUCACCACAUCCAAACAUAUUGUCUUCCUAUUCCGUUUGUUUUCUGUACAAUAAUUGUUAUACGUAUGCUCAGGAAUAUGCACCAUUGGGUGACUUAUCGGGUUUUGUGAAAGCCGGAGGAUUACCGGAAGUACAGUGUAAAAAAAUAACAAAACAAAUAACGUCAGCAUUGGAAUUCCUUCAUUCGAAAAAAUUAGUACACAGAGACAUUAAAUUAGAAAACAUAUUAGUGUUCGAACAAAACAUGGAUAAAGUUAAAUUAUGCGAUUUCGGUUGGACGAGAAAAGAAGGGAGUUUAGUAUCGAAGGGUAAAUGCUGUUGGACGUCAUUUCAACCCCCGGAAGUAUGCGAAAUUGUUAAAAAUGAAAAAUAUUAUUGCGUGUCUUCGAACGACACGUGGCAAUUGGGAAUCGUUAUAUUCGUUUGUUUAACCGGUUGUCCGCCUUGGGAAAAAGCAGACGAAAUAUUAGAUCCACAAUAUAAGAUAUUUUUCAAAUGGCAACAAAGGAGAACUAUUAAAAUGCCGGGAAAUUUUAAAAAAUUUUCAAUACGUUUGUUAAGACUGUUCAGACGUUUGUUUGAUAACGAUCCGGAAAAACGACCACCCGUCACGGAAACUCUUAAAUAUUUAAAAGAUAAUUGGGUCACGUCAAAAUUAUCUAAUUCCACGUCGUCACCCGCCAUUCCAUCGAGUAAAUCACAUAAUAAAGAUAAUUUUGAAAAUAAUUCUAGUGAACAACCGCAACAAUCGCAACAUGGUAAAUGUAGGAGUAAAAGACUUUCGAGUACUUACAGUUUAGAAACUAAAAUCGAUCAAAAUUUAAUAACAAAAAGAAUUUGGGAUUGGAUAUCAAAUUGCGAAAGUUAUCAAGAUAAUAAUUAUGAGGGUAUUUGA